GUAUUUUUACAGAACUACUACGCUCCGUUAAGCUAAAAAACUAAUAUUACACUGAAUAAUUUGGUGACUUAAAUUAAAACGUGCACGGGAAAAGUGACGACGAUUCGGUCUUCUGCUAUUUAACAUGCUGAUAAUGAAGUCACAAGCAGAUGUACAAACUAGUACUGUGACGUCACUGUCUCAAAAAUGGAACGAGCACACGAAUGAUUUCGUCGAGAAACAGAAAGUUAAUCCAUUUUCAGGAAGAUACGAAGCUGAAAAUCGACCGAAAUGGACCAAAGGCGACCCAGGUUACGCACAGCCUGUCGGAACAACCGCAGUUCGCCGUGAGAAGGCGAAUAAAUACAUCGACAAAGAACUGGACAUGCUGAUCAGCGUCAUGAGGUCAAUGGCAGAUACCGAUGCCAGAUCUGGGAUUAGAUAUGUUACGUUUGGACCGUUGUUUCAAAGAUACACAAAGAUAUCAAGCAAUCUGGUCGGGAUAUUGAUUCGAGCACGCAAGCGAAACCUGGUUGAUUUUGACGGAGAGAUGCUAUGGCAACGAAGAGACGAUGACGUCAUCAUUACCUUGAUUGAAUGACGUCUCAAAAUUUAAAUUAAAAAUCAACAACUGAAUUAUCACCUAAAAGUCCUAAAUGAGAAAUCAGCUAAUACCCAAACCACCUGUAUACAAAAAUAAACUUGCUCAAAUUCUGUCACACGGAGUUAUUAGAUUGGGCAAUAGUGGUUUUGAAUUUUCCGGAGUCGGAUUUUCCAAUUUCGAAUGGUGAUAAAAAGAUAGCAUUUUCGUACAGAAACUCGAAAUGCAUUUAGUUUACUAACCGUUUUUGACACUUCAUUAAAAAGACUUGUAUGCACGGAAGUGUGAAAUCAAGAUGUAUUCGGCACGAGAGUCGAAUUUUUACUCAAACCCGGAGUAGGAAGUCGAAAUUACAUAGUCAAUGACGAACAAGAAGGCCUGGCCUCGCUAAAAAUACUAAACCUCACAUAUGUGUGACCGUUUGCCCCUAACGCUGUGUUUAAACGCCCAAUAAAUAGCAUAGCUUUCGGAUGUCAAUCUCAAUACGGCGAUUCAAGAUAUCUUUUUGUGUAUUUUACUUUAAAGUAGACUGUUCACUUGACGACAUGAGCUAUCCGUAUAUGCGGUGGUAUCUCUCAAUUCAGCACUGUGUUUAAUUUAUCCAUUCAACGAAUAAACUUAUUUUAUUUAAA